AUGUACUGUAAUUAUGUACAUACUAGGUAGGUGUGUAUCACUACCAGCCCCUAGUUGAGCGAAUUCCCGUAUUCGUGCACGAAAUGUUUUCUUCUUCUCCUUUCUUUCCCAUCGUAUCAUGCUAGAACCUAAGGAUUUACACCGCUGGAGACGAACGUAAACACAUACCUACCUACCUAGGUACAACACACAUACACGCCCUACACAGACACAGACACACAUACACACAACUUUGCCCCAUCGAGAUCGUAAGAGCGUCCAUCUACAGCAGUGAAGCAUAUGUCGUGAGAUAGAGGAGUACACAGGAUGAGGUUCCUGGCGCUCCCGCCUUCAUUGCUGCUCAGCAUCGUCGUGCAGGCACAGAUAUCGAUGGCAGAAUUACAGAACGACUUCUCGGCAUAUCCCAUAGACUCGCAACAAUGUCUCAGCGACGCGGCGGACCAGAGUCAAUGCACGGGGAACACGGGGGCAGAGAUGAACGGGUGCCUUUGUAAGAAUAGAGGAAAUUUCAUCUACAAUACGGCGUCAUGUGUCGCGACGCAAAGUCCCAAAGAUUUGUCCGCGGUCUACGACACACUAGAAAAUAACUGUGCUGGCACCGGCAUCACUAUCGCUGUAUCUAAGAGUGCCUUCAUGUCACAGGCCAUAGCGGCCACCCAGACAACAAGCUCCGCGACACCCACUGAAACUGGUGUGCCCACCACCGCCACCACCGCCGCCGCCGCCGCCACCCAGGCAUCAUCAACUCGUGGUCUCUCAACAGCCGCCAUGAUUGGCGUUGCUGUUGGGCUCGGACUCUUGGGGAUCGGUCUGUGCAUAGCCGGGUGGUUCGUAUGGCUAUACUCACGACGCCGGAAACUCUCCCAAUCGCCAUCGCCGAACCCGAACGCCCGCGACGUCGAGCUCACGCAAAACAGCAACAACCACAACGGCAGCACCAGCAACUUCAGCCACUUCAACUACGAGACGACACCCAACACCCCGGCCCCGGAGUACGCGCAGCACAACCCGCAGUUCGGCGCCGUGGAGCUCUCGCAUGGGAAGCGCGACACCUACCAGGAGCUGCCCGCCCACGGCUCCGGCAAGGAGUUCAAGGAGCUGCCGACGGAGUACUACGGGGGCUCCUACCCGCGGCCGGACGACAAGCGGUCGUCCAACGUGCCGCUGCUGGCGGAGCUAAGCACGACGUCCAACGCCAUGCCCCCCGUCGAGCUGCCGGCCGACAUGAGUUUCUACACCACCACCGCCCCGAGCCCCGUCUACGACAGCAACAAUCACAAUGCCAGCAACAGUCACAGCAAUUUCAAUAACAGUUUCAAUAACAACAAUAGCGUCAUAUCGCCCCUCGAAGACGCCAGGCAGCAAGGCCAGGAGAGGACAAACGAGAGCAAUACCAGAUGACCAUGACGGACAUUCCAUUCCUAGGGAAAAACGGGAGAAGGGGAGUGGGGGUGGGGAGGGAAGAGAGGAGUAUGAAAAGAACAGAAAAAGAAAGGAAAUCAAACCGAGGGGUUUUUUUUUAUUACUUCUGUAAUGGAUAUUGUGAUAGCGAGUCCUUUUGGGGA